AUGAAGAUACGCUAUACUGGUAAACCAGAUGGGCACGAAUUGAAUAGAGGCACGAUCCUGACUUCCAGCCGUUGCUUAGUUUUGGCCCCAGUGCCCCUGGUUCUUAUAUGUGCCCUGGUGCGAAUAUGCUCCCAAAAACGGCACUUAGAUCUUGCUGAGGAGGGAGACCUUGGUCGUUGGCGCGAUUCUGCCACAUGUCCCAAUGUUGCUGUUUUAGUGGAUGGGGCAGGAUUGGGGGACCAUCCAAGCAAACGGAUAAAAUUAGCUAAAGUUUUCUGGACCGGAAGACGCCAGCGUCGCGGUCCGCAAUACGGUCCUGUUCGCACACUUUCCAGUGUGCCCGAGGUAGACGAAAGAGAAUUAGAAUUGCAUAGCUCAUUAAAUUUACCAUCAAAUACGGAAUGGGUUCAAUCGAACGCGGAUCUCCGUAAUACGACAACUGUUGAUGGUGACGAUCAGGAGACUCCCGGGCGGACCACGAAUAGUGGGUCACCUAAGCUAAUCAAAAGUAAUCUAAUGCCUUCUCCCAAUCCAAAAGGGCGGUUGGCAAAAUCGCACAGUUUGACACCACUCCAAGAGAUUGGUGGUUUUGCCCUUUAUUCCAACCCGGUCGAACCGAUGAUUGAGAUUACUCGGACCCGAAGAAGAACACGGGAUGACCCCGAAAGUCAAGAAACCGCAGAACGUCGCCGCCGGUUUCUUUGCUGGUCCGUCCUGACAAAUCCGGGCUCAAGUUCGAGUACAAGUUCCAGAUCCUCAUCCUCCUCCUCCUCUUGUAGUAACUGUCGUGAGGCUGGUAAAUCAACGAUAUUGCGCAGUCGCAGUUGUAAUGAUUUGAGCAACAUAUGGUCGCCAGGACCACCGGAAUUCGUUGAACUGCAAACUUUAAAUGUGAAAAAGGAGUUAGUUUUCAAGACUGCGAAUCAGAACGGCACACAGAGUUGCGCGCUGAAAAAUGCCUGUCCGCUUCUGAACUCUCCUGGUUCUGGAUGGUCCUACUCUAAUCUCCGGGAUUCAGACGAUCGACCGACAGAGAACAGUACCGAAAUAGAAUUCCCGAAGCACACUGAUUCACCUUCUCAGACCACUCAUGCUUUUAGAGUGGUUGCCCAGCUCUCAAAUCCGCCACAAUCAUCUGAACCGCAAAGCGCUGGUGGCCCAACCGAACUUACAGUUGAAUCGUCCCACGAACCUAAAGAAUUGUCCGUCGUUCAGGAAUGGAUAGAACAGUCCACUGAGCCUUCGGUUAACUUUGAAUCGCAUCGUACUGAUCCAGUGGACACUCGCAGUGGUAGUCGUGACCGUCUUCUGCUGCUGCAUCGAGCACAAUCACCAGCCAAUGAUGAGGACUAG